CUUCUCUGCUGAGUUCAAAUCCAACAAGUCAUUUGCAAAUCGAUUCGCUGUGACUAUCAAGAUUUAAGUGCAGAUCUAUGAUUUCGAGACCAGUGGAAUAAUUCUAUUUGAACUCGAGCCUCUUUCCAGAUUUGGGGUAGUUAGAUAUUUAAAGAAAGGCAUAUUGGAUUGAACACAAAUUAUGUGACAUUUGACACUAGGAGCUUCUUGCAUCAUGACGACAAUCAGUCUGUGCAUGUUGACAGAGAAAGUCGUCUUCGGUCUCGACCAAGUGCUUACUGAAUUAUACACGCAGCUUAUCCUACAAACGGCCUCGGUGUUCCUGAAAAGUCAGCUGAGGUUGAAGGAAAGAAGGAAACAUUCCAUAACUCCAAGAAGCAUGGCGAAAUCGGCUGCUAGCGUCUCUCUCCUAAUUGUCAUUUUUGUGUCUUGGUCGGCAUUCUCGGUCCUGACCACGCAUUAAUUUUCCAUUGCAUUGUACUUACAAAGGGAUUGCAAUUGAGUUGCGGUUCAAGAUCGCUUCAGUGAGAAGGCUAUCAUGGUAGGAUUUGGAAUAUGGGAUUACGUGGUCUUUGGGGGCAUGCUCCUCAUUUCAUCGGGGAUUGGCCUUUACUACGGAUUUACGGGUGGAAAACAGAAGACCAUUGGAGAAUAUCUCUUUGGGGAUCGCACCAUGGGCUCGUUGACGGUGGCAUUCUCCUUGAUGGCCAGCUUUAUGUCUGCCAUCACGCUAUUGGGCGUGACUCAAGAGAACUACUAUUUCGGGACUCAAUUCGUGGUGAUCAAUAUCGCUUACAUCAUUGGCACACCUAUUUGUGCUUACUUGUACUUGCCAGUAUUCUUCCAACUUCAAGCUGCUAGUGCUUACGAAUACCUGGAGAAACGCUUUGGAAAGACCACCCGAGUUGUAGCUUCCCUGGCCUUCUCCUUGCAGAUGAUCCUCUACAUGGGUAUCGUUUUGUAUGCACCUGCUCUGGCCUUGUCUGCAGUCACGGGACUGACCUUUAGAGGUUCAAUUCUUGCUGUUGGUCUCGUGUGCACGUUUUAUUCAACCUUGGGUGGGAUAAAGGCUGUCCUAGUGACUGACGUGUUUCAGUCCCUUCUCAUGUUUGCGGCCAUCUACGCGGUCAUCAUUUGCGGCUUGAUCAAGAUUGGCGGAGUGGGUGACAUCCUUCGAAUUGCGAAUGAACAUGGGAGGAUAGAAUUCUUCAAUUUCGAUCCUGAUCCCACUGUCCGUCACUCCGUAUGGACUCAGAUCAUUGGAGGCCUAUUCAUCUAUUGCUCCCUCUAUGGUGUGAAUCACGCUCAGGUGCAGAGGCUCCUCACCGUGGGGAACUUGCAACGGUCUCAGCGUUCCUUGUGGAUACAGUGGCCCAUCUUAACAUUGUUGAGUCUCUCCACCAGUUUUGCUGGACUAGUCAUGUUUGCAUUCUACAAGGAUUGUGAUCCUGUCAGUGCCAAAAGAAUUGCCAAGGGGGAUCAGCUCCUACCGCUGUUUGUCGUUGACACCAUGAGCCAUUUACCUGGACUCUCUGGCCUUUUCGUCUCCGGGAUAUUUUCCGGAUCACUCAGCACCGUCUCGUCGGCCAUCAACUCACUGGCUGCCGUCACUUUGGAGGACUACAUCAAGCCUAUUUUUGAGGUUGAAAACAGUUCCACCAUCAUUCUCAAGUCUUUAGCGAUAUUUUAUGGUAUCGCUUGUAUCGGAUUGGCAUUUAUGGCUGAGCUCUUAGGCCCCGGUGUCCUUCAAGCCUCCCUCACUAUAUUUGGGGUAGUGGGCGGUCCCCUCCUCGGACUGUUCACUCUGGGCAUGGCCUUCAGACGAGCCAAUCAAAUUGGCGCCAUAUCAGGACUAAUAUCAUCCUUGGGAUUCCUUAUAUGGAUGGGCUUUGGCCAACCUCGUCCCCGUCCACAGACUCUAUCAACAUCCGUUCAAGAGUGUGACAAUCUUUCCUUCAUAAACAUAUCAGCCAACACGACUGCUCUACAUCAAGAACCCGAGGACUACUUCUUCCUCUAUCGAAUUUCAUAUGCUUGGAACGCCGUCAUCGGAUUCCUUCUCUGUCUCAUUAUCGGUCUGGUCGUGUCAGAAAUAGCCCAAAAGCUCAACUCCAACCCGUCAACGCCCAAGACUUUAGAUCCCAAUCUGUUCAUGCCAUUUAUCCGACGACGAAUGCUGCAAGAACUCAUUCACCGGAAGGACUAUGACCAAACCGAAACCCUGGAACUCAAGUCCUGAUCGGAUGAAGGGAUGCAGUUUUCAAUCUUCACCGCAGAUGGCUUUCAAUGCCUCUUAGUUGUUCAACCCUUUGUACAUUUGCAUAAAUAAACGUAAUCAAUCACC